GGCGGCGGGUCGGGCCGCGGUCGGUAGGCUGUCGGCAGCGGGGCUGGGAUCGGUGCUGCCCGAUUCGCCAUGCAGCCCUUCACAGUGAACAUCAAGCUGUCGGCGCGGACGCUGACGGGCGCCCUCAGCGCGUCCAACCGGGGGGCGGCGGAUUGGGGCUGGCAGGGUCUGAUUGCAUACGGAUGCCAUUCCCUCGUGCUGGUGGUGGAUGCCAAUACUGCCCAGACCUUGCAGGUUCUGGAAAGGCACAAAGCAAAUGUUGUCAAGGUUAAAUGGGCUAAAGAAAAUUAUCAUCACAAUAUUGGCUCUCCAUAUUCUUUACGUUUAGCUUCUGCUGAUGCUACUGGUAAAAUAAUUGUGUGGGAUGUGGCAACAGGAACAGCUUGCUGUGAAAUACAAGAACAUGCAAAACCAAUACAAGACAUGCAGUGGUUGUGGAAUCAGGAUGCUUCUAGAGAUUUACUGCUUGCAGUUCACCCACCUAACUAUAUUGUGCUGUGGAAUGCAGACACGGGCACCAAACUUUGGAAGAAAAGUUAUGCAGAAAAUAUUCUGUCUUUUUCAUUUGACCCAUUUGAUCCAUCCCACUUAGCACUGCUUACCAGUGAAGGGAUAGUGUUCAUCUCUGACUUCUCUCCUUCCAAAGCUCCUGCCAGCUCAGGGAAGAAGGUUUACAUCUCCAGUCCCCAUUCCAGUCCUUCUCAUAGGCUGGCUGCUACUACAGGGGCCAAGAAGGCCCUUGAUAAAGUAAAAAUCUUAAUCAGUAAUGAAAAACCAAGUGCUGAAUCUGUGACACUCAAUGACUGCCUUCAGUUAUCCUACUUGCCUUCCAAAAGGAACUACAUGUUGUUACUCUAUCCCAGAGAAAUUCUGAUUCUUGACUUGGAAGUGAAUCAGACAGUGGGUGUGAUUGCAAUUGAAAGAACAGGUGUGCCUUUCCUACAGGUAAUUCCUUGUUUUCAGCGCGAUGGCUUAUUUUGCCUACAUGAAAAUGGUUGUAUAACUUUGAGAGUUCGCAGAUCUAACUGCUCUGCAACUGGAAUUCCAAAUGAAGAGCCAGAUCCAGACCCAGUUCAGGAGCUGGUUUAUGAUUUAAGAAGUCAAUGUGAUGCAAUUAGGGUAACAAAAACAGUUCGGCCAUUCAGUAUGGUGUGCUGCCCAGUGAAUGAGAAUUCUGCAGCUCUCAUUGUCAGUGAUGGCAGGGUAAUGAUCUGGGAGUUAAAAUCCAGUAUUGCCAGCAAAAAUCUGCGUAACAGCAGUUCAAGUGCAUCACCUUUGUAUUCCCCAGUCUCAUUCUGUGGAAUUCCUGUAGGAGCAUUCCAAAAUAAACUUCCUGACCUGUCAUUAGACAACAUGAUAGCAGGGCAGGGUACAGUUGCUGGAGAAGAGCAAUUGAAAAGUUCUUUUCUGCAAGAAGUUCAUCUCAAAUUCCUGCUGACUGGACUUCUUUCAGGCCUUCCUUUGCCUCCAUUUGCUAUCCGCAUGUGCCCACCUCUUACAACAAAAAACAUUAAGCAGUAUGAGCCACUCCUUGCUGUUGGUACAAGUAAUGGCUCUGUCCUGGUGUUUCACCUUACAAGUGGACUAUUACACAAAGAGUUGAGCAUCCAUUCCUGCGAAGUCAAGGGAAUAGAAUGGAUCAGCUUGUCUGGUUUUAUUUCCUUUGCCACAUCAACACCUAACAACUUAGGGCUGGUAAGAAACGAGCUGCAGCUGGUGGACCUGCCAACAGGCAGGAGCAUUCCAUUUCGUGGGGAGAGAGGCAAUGAUGAGCCAGCUAUUGAAAUGAUAAAGGUGUCUCAUUUGAAGCAGUAUCUAGCUGUGGUAUUUAAAGACAAGCCACUGGAAAUAUGGGAUGUCAGAACUUGCACUCUGCUCAGAGAAAUGUCUAAAAACUUUCCUGCAGUGACUGCUCUGGAGUGGUCACCUUCUCAUAACCUGAAAAGCCUGAGGAAGAAGCAGCUUGCAGCCCGCGAGGCCAUGGCCCGGCAGACAGUUGCAUCAGAUACUGAAGUGAGCAGCGUCGAAUCUUCUGUUAUCAGCUUGUUACAGGAAGCCGAAAGUAAAUCUGAGCUGAGCCAGAACAUUUCUGCCAGGGAGCACUUUGUAUUUACAGAUGCUGAUGGGCAGGUCUAUCAUCUCACAGUAGAAGGAAACUCAGUGAAAGAUAGUGCAAGAAUUCCUCCUGAUGGAAGUAUGGGUAGCAUUACAUGUAUUGCCUGGAAAGGGGAUACCCUGGUUCUUGGAGAUGUUGAUGGAAACUUAAACUUCUGGGAUUUGAAAGCCAGAGUAUCCAGGGGGAUUCCUACACACCGAAGCUGGGUGAAAAAGAUACGUUUUGCCCCAGGGAAAGGAAAUCAAAAACUUAUUGCUAUGUACAAUGAUGGAGCAGAAGUUUGGGAUUCAAAAGAGGUACAGAUGGUGAGCAGUUUAAGAAGCGGAAGAAACGUGAAUUACCGAAUCCUGGAUGUAGACUGGUGCACUUCAGACAAAGUGAUCCUGGCAUCAGAUGAUGGGUGCAUUAGAGUUCUGGAGAUGUCCAUGAAACCAUCAUGUUUUAGAAUGGAUGAACAAGACUUAUUAGAACCUGCAUGGUGUCCCUAUCUACUUGUUCCAAGGGCUUCUUUAGCUUUAAAAGCAUUCUUGUUGCAUCAGCCGUGGAAUGAAAAAUAUUCUCUGGAUGUUAUGAACAUCGAUUAUCCAGAGGAUGAAAACAUCAAAAAUCUGAUUCAAGAGCAGCUGAAUUCACUGUCAAAUGACAUCAAGAAACUUCUGCUUGAUCCAGAGUUUACUCUUUUGCAGAGAUGUCUCCUAAUUGCCAGACUGUAUGGAGAUGAGUCUGAACUGCAUUUCUGGACCAUUGCUGCCCACUAUUUGCACAGUUUAUCCCAGGAAAAACCUGCAAAACCAACAGAUGCAGUUAUCCUUCAAGAACAGCUGGUUAAUCCAUUGGAUAUAUGCUAUGACAUACUAUGUGAAAGUCAUUACUUUCAGAAAUUUCAGCUCGAAAGGGUAAAUCUCCAGGAGGUGAAGAGAUCAACGUACGAUCAUACCAGGAAAUGUGCUGACCAGCUUCUUCUCUUGGGCCAGACUGACAGAGCAGUACAGCUGCUGUUAGAAACAAGUUCAGAGAAUGCACAUUACUACUGUGAUUCACUCAAAGCUUGCUUGGUAACAACUGUCACAUCAUCAGGUCCAUCUCAAAGCACCAUCAAGCUGGUAGCAACCAACAUGAUAGCUAAUGGAAAGCUCUCAGAGGGUGUUCAGUUACUGUGUCUGAUAGAUAAGGCUGCUGAUGCUUGUCGCUACUUGCAAACUUAUGGUGAAUGGAAUCGUGCAGCAUGGCUUGCAAAGGUUCGCUUGAACUCAGAGGAGUGUGCUGAUGUGUUAAAGCGUUGGGUGGAUCACCUUUGCUCUCCACAAAUCAACCAGAAGUCCAAAGCCAUUCUUGUCCUUUUGUCACUUGGUUGCUUUACAAAAGUUGCAGAGAUGUUGCACAGUAUGAGAUACUUUGAUAGAGCGGCUUUAUUUGUUGAAGCUUGUCUGAAGUACGGGGCAUUUGAAAUCAAUGAUGAUACAAAUAAACUGAUCCAUGCUGUCUAUGCAGAUUAUGCCAAAGGCUUGAAGCUCCUGGGCUUUAGGCAAGGAGCUAUUUUCUUUGCCUCAAAAGCAGGAGAAGCUGGUAAAGAUUUAUUGGUUGAGCUCAAACAGCCUAAAGGGGAAGCGAUGGAAGUGACAGAAGAGUAGCAAUUCUGUAUUUACUGCUAAGAGGAGUUCUUCUAUCAAACUGGAUUGUCCAUCAGAUUGAUAUUGCACUGUGUGAAAAUGCGCUUUCUCUUGAAUCGCUGUAAUAGCUCAUGUGUGAUUUGAGCAAAUAAUGUUAAAUGUGUGGGGAGGCAAAUUUAAGAACUGUUUUGUUUAUUCUUAAAUUGUCUUCAUUUUCAAGAGAGAAGGAAAAAAAGGCUAUGAUAAAAUUAUACAGGAAUAUUUUCAACUUUUUCAACUGUAGCGGAAAUCGAACGGAACAAAAUGCUGAAAGCGUUCUGUACCUGUGUGAGAGCCUGCUCCAUUUACUUCCAAAAAUCAAAGCUUUAUAGUUCUUCACUACUGUUGUAUUUAUAUGUAUAAAUGAUUCAAUCUGUACUAUAAAAAUAUGAAUUUAUGUAAAGAAUAAACACAGAUCACAAAACACACACAGAUCAUUCCUGGAAGGUUGUUUUCUCAAAUCCAAUUUUUCUCUUUAAAAUUACUGUUAUUUUACAUGAGUUCCCUUUGUUGUCUUUUUCACACCAGGAUGGAAUGAAAUCUAACAGAUUUAUUUACGAAAGAUUCCAAACAUUCCAGAAACCUAUGACAUGUCUUCUUUUUCCAUUAAGAUCUUGUUAUAUUUGGUGUCAUUCAUAAUUGAGCACUGCCUGCACUCCUUAGGGACUAAAUUCUGCCUUGUCUUGACUGUUUAAUGGGAUCAAAGGAUGGGAAAAUUAUCCUACCUCAAAAAGCAGUAAGGUGGGCUCCUCAGAAUGUUCAGAAGGAUGCUAAUGCUCUCUCCACAGCUACUAUUCUGUAAGGUAUUUCAAUGUGUCGUGAAUCAAGAGGUGGAAAGAGCGUUGGAUGAAGCAAAAGGUGUUGGUUUUUUUUCAUUACUUUAUAUGAUAUCACAUCUUGUGGUCCAUAUACUUAGGGAUGCUACUGAAAGCAUCUCUCUUCAUUUUUUUGCCAGUAUUUCAGCAGGAUCAAAACAGCUUCCCACAGUAUUUUAGUGUUGAUGCAUUUGUUUUCAUUAUUGUUCCUCACAUUAGAAAUGUCUUUUCUAUUUAUUACUGUUUGACUGAGAGAUUUUGCAGCUGAAGAGUGGAUGCUAAUGUUAGACUGCAUUUGCAAAUGAAAGACUGUGGCAUGUGAAAAUAAGAGUUGGCUGAAAAGGCUAAUUAUUUAAAGGAAGUUGUUGGAGCUGCUGAAGUUCAGUAUGCAGCAGUGAGAAGAAUCAUAUCAUGUAAGAAGUUUCCCAUCUGAAUGUAAUUCAUGACUUUACUACUUAAUGUAGUUGUGUCUUUGACUCUUCUUAAGCUUGAAGAUUUGUAAAUGCAUAUUCCAUAUUCCUUCUUAGAGCAGCACUACCUUCAUUACCUCUCUUCAACUCUGGAAACCUUUUAAUUAAAAUCCAGCAUAGCAUUUCUGAGAACACACUGAUUUUGUACAAGUUGAAAAUGUUUUGUUGCUCUAAAAGUGAAUGUUUUAUAUAGAUAAUGUAUCUUAUGUAGGUUGUCCCAUAUCUUAUACACAUCAUUAAAGAUGUUCAGUGGCUUAUGAAUUAUACCUACAUACUUGCUUGGGAAAACAAGCAUACAAUGAAAUUUGCCUUAAGUAUUAGCUGGUGAGCAACAAAGUUAAGCAAAGUAAAAUGUCAUUAUCAGUGGGCUAAAUUCAGGCUGCCAUUGACUACAACAGCACUCCUGAGUUCCUUUGCUUGAUUUCAAUAGCAGUAGUGCAGGACAGGGACACCAGAGACUUAAUGUAAGCACACUCAGACUUUGGCAGAUUACACAGAAUGGUUUGUCACUGGGUCUCUGGCAAAGGCCUUUUGCUACUGAGUGUUUCUAUAUACUUUCAAGUGUGAAGGUGCAGAAUACCAUGUGCUUAUUCCCUCAUGAAACUUUUAUGAUGAAAAUACAGUGUAGAAGUGAUUUAAAAGUUUUCUUUAGAUAGAAAUGCAAUCACAGUAAUAAAAGAAAAAUCUUUCUAAA